GUUACGAAUUUCCUUUGGACGGAUCAAAAUCUUGUGAACAUGCUGGCCAAUAUUUUCGUCGUGCUAACUGGGAUAUCUUUGCUCGUUCAAACGAACGAGGCCGCCGUUGACCCGCUAUGCGCAAAAUUUGGCAGCAACCACACGACCUGCUUCCCGGCCAAGAACUGCGCUACCGAUGCCAAUGGAGGACCAUGCGGAGUGUCGAAGGCUGACAAAGCGUUCAUCUUGAAGUAUCAUAACGAAUACAGGCAAAAGAUUUCGAAGGGUGGAGAGACCCGAGGGUCACCGGGCCCUCAGCCUGCUGGUAAAAACCUUCGCGAGUUGACCUGGAACAACGACCUCGCUCGAACUGCACAGCGCUGGGCAGAGCAAUUUGUAUCUGGUCACGACUGCAAUGCUGAGCUCGUCGGUUUUGCGGCAGUGACGCACUGCAGUCGCAUCCCUGGCUACGAUGCGGUUGGCCAAAACUUCUACCUUGGUGGCAGCAGCGGACCGAUCACUUCAGCGAAUUGGCAAGCAGCCAUCGAUGAAUGGAUCGGCGAAGUCAAGGACGUGGUUGGCUCCACAAUGAAGACCAAUGGCGGAGUUAUCGGCCACUACACUCAGGUCGUAUGGGCCGAAACUCAUGAAGUUGGCUGUGGGGUCUUCGGCAACAACAAGCCUUGCGUUUGGGGCGGCUGGAACGACUUCAACUGUGCCAAGUACAUCUGCAACUACGGACCUGGGGGUAAUGUGCUCAACGAGGAUCUGACCCCUCAGCCCCCCUACAGCACCACUACAGGCUGCGUCAAACCUUCCAAAAAGUACCCAGGUCUCUGUAAAGCUUGAAAAGGAAUUUCCGCAACAGAAGUCGAUCAGAAUUUCGGAGUUUUGCCUCGGUCACGGGGAAACCUGGAUUCCUUUGUCGGCUCGAAUGUGUGCAUUUUGAAGUUAUUAUCAGUUCAAUGCUAGAUACAUAGUACCGGUAUGAAACAUAGAUAACUGGUGUCACCGAUUUGUCAAAUUUCAUCGACUGAAUAACAGCUCAACGAGAGAAGCAGGAGAAAAUUUGACAAGUAACGAAUUUUCGAAAUUUUUAAUAGUUUAUAUUCCGCCCUUUAGUUUUAUCUGUACAAGUUCACUGCUGGUUCUAUAUUCAUUCAAUGCAACGAUUCGUAUUAACAAAGCACUACCGUAUUGUUGACCUACUUUUGUUUGUGUGCAUUAAAUUGUGUUCUGCAA